UCUCAAUCGUCUUCUUGAUUGCAGGCCCUUCCUCUCUCUAGGAUGCAUUCGUUUUUCAUUUACCCGUUUGGGUCUUCAUUAAAGUAUUCAUUUUUUUCCAUUCUGAAACUGAAUUUCGAUUUUUAUUCUAGCUUAUCUCUUCUUUCUUGAUUGGGUUUUGCGCUUUUGUCUUGUAAUUGGAAUAACAAAAUUAAAAUUAAGAACUUGGUGAGUAAUUGGGAAUUGAGAUGAACUGCGAAGUAUGUACGACGGCCACCGGAGACACUUGGUUGAGAAUUGUCGGCGGUCAGAUCGGCGGUUACAGCCAAGACAGCGAACAUGAUUUGUCAGUGAUGGUGAGAGACUUCUUAGAGAAUGGAAGUAAUAGUUCGACUGAUUCAAGGAAUAACAGUGACGGUGAAGCCGGACUCUCCGAUCUAUCUCACCUCGCCGACAGCAUCUCGUUUUACAAACAUUCCGGCGAAGAUGGUGAAUACGAGAAGGAAUUGACGUCGGUUAUUAAUUCCUUAAUAUUGUCCAUAGUCAAGGAAACCGACCUUCACAUAUCAAGUCCAUGUAAGGCGGCGAGCUGUUUACGAUUUUAUCUGGUGAAGCUUCUAAGACUUUCCGGCUAUAACGCCGCCGUUUGUGUCUCUAAAUGGAAGGGAAACGGAAAGAAUGUUCCAGGAGGGGAUCACGAGUAUAUUGACAUAAUCAAGAAUGAUGAUGAUACAGAAAGAUUGAUUGUUGAAAUCGAUUUUCAGAGUCAUUUCGAGAUAGCAAGAGCGGUGAAAUCAUAUAAUAGGAUAUUGAAUUCUCUUCCGGUGGUUUAUGUUGGUUCUUUUUCAAAGCUUAAACAGCUACUGGUUUUAAUGGUGGAAGCUGCUAGAUCUUCUCUUAAUCAGAAUUCGAUGCCUCUUCCUCCGUGGAGAUCUCUCGGUUAUCUGCUUGCCAAGUGGCAAUCUCCUCAUCGUCGACAUCUGGGUCCAGAUCAGGGACCAUGUGGUGGUGGGUCUGCUGCUGGUAUUUUACAACAUCAUGAACACUGUCGGAGCCAUUUGAAGAGGCUGCGAUCUUUAAUUGUGUCGGAAAUUGAUGUCCAACGGUUGCUUAAACCGAUGAAUGCAAAUACCCAUCCAAGGCUCAUGUGUUUUGAGAGGCCAAUUUGACACUUUCCACUUAUAAUCAUCCUUUUGUCAAAUUUAUAGAUGUCUUUUUUUGAUCAAACUCAAAUUCAGAUCCGAAUCUGGGUGUUUUCAAAUAUGGUCUGAUAGUAGUAUAGUGUUCUUC